GGCGGUGUGCUACCUGCAAGGCUACAACGGCGCCCAAGAAAGGGAGGGGAGAUCAACCAUUCGUUCCGAUCAGUAAAGACAAGCAGAAGGAGGCGGAGCUGAAGUUUUGCUGCUUUAAGUGGGUUACGAAGGGGCAGACGAUGCCGAAUUCGAAUGGCAAUUUCCUCAUGGAGUGCAAGAUGUGUGGACAGGGUUUUCAGGGGAGCCAGACGAAAUUCGCACAGCACUUCACGAUCAAGAACAAUUGCGCCAAAAUCUCCGUGGAGCAGAUGGCGGAGAUAUGGAACAAGACAAAGUACGGGUUCGAUCCAAGCUAUGCAUGGAAGAUCGUGGACUUUCUGAAGUCUCGUGGGUUGCGAGACAACAGAUGUGGAUCGGGGAGGGAGCCAGCAGGGAAUGAGGAGUUUGAGGACAGCGAGGAGGAGAGGAGGGCGGUCGAGGGUGGAGAUGAUGAUGGUGAGAGUGAUGCAGAGGACAUGGAGGUGCGGCGAGAGGUGGAGCGUGCCUGGGGAAAGCUGAGGAAGGAGAAGGCCGUUGACGAGGCAAGCACCCCUGACGAGGACGCCGACGCCGACGAUGACGAUGAGGGAGCAGACCUUGGGGCCUCUCUGGAUGGGGGGUUGAUGGGCGAUGGCCGUCGUGGCCAAGAGGGGGCAGCUAGGGCGAUGAAGGAGGCUGCGGGAUCGAAGAAGAGAAAGAGGAAGGCGAAGAUGACUACCACAGAGGCGAGAUCAGCACCUUCUGAGCCCAAAAAGAGCAGAGUUCUUCGACAGACGUCCAUGCUGGAGACCUUCGAUCCAGUGUGGCAACGAGAAUUCUCGGACUCCGUCCUGCAGUGGUGGUACGUGAGUGGCAUCCCAUUCAAGGCGGUUAGGAGGCCAGAGUAUCAUAGGAUGAGGAAGAAGUUGCUCGAGUGUACGCCGUAUGCACAUCCGGCAUUACCCGCGCACUGUGUCAUUUCGUGCGAAGGCAUCCCUCCGCAGCAGCGAGGUGUGGCGGACAUGGUGGCGGCCAUCCGCAGGGACAUUGAGGCGACGGGAGCGACCAUCCUCACGGAUGGUCGCAAGUCCAUCACGAGCGACCAGAUAGUCAACUUCCUUGCUGCGAGUCCCACGGGCGCGUACCUUUUCAGGACUGUGCAGCGGGAUGGUGCUGUUCAGGAGACAGCAAAGGCCGUAGUGGAGCGAUGGAAGGACGUGUUCGACAAGUUUGGUGUCAACAAGGUGAACGCCAUUUGUAUUGAUUCCGCGUCUGCGUAUGUUGCUGCGUCCAAGCUCCUCGCCCAGGAGGAAGUCAAGACAGCCGCAUCACUUGGCUUCCGUGAUGGGCACGACGGGAACCUCGGGAAGAGGGAGGACACCAUCAUCAGGGCUCGAGCUGUCGUGCGUUUCAUCAGAGAGCACGGGGCGGCUCUGAGCCUUUAUCGACGGUUCUCUGCCGCCCACCCCUCUUCCGCCUCCGCGGCGGCAGGUGGUUCAAGCUCUGCGCCACCCUCGUCUCAGCGGCGAGGCAGGGAGCUUGUGUACCCUGUGCAGACGAGGUUUGCCACCCACUACUUGAUGCUGGAGAGGUUGCUGGGAUCGUCGCAGAGCGUUGGAGGCGUUGAUGAUGAGGGACGAUUGGCUGCGGACUGCAUGGAGGAGGUCCAUUUUUCUGCAGGCCAGAUGGGUGCGUCAUCAGGUGCGGUACGCGCCAUUCUGGGAGCAGGUGGAGGACAUCGUGGCACUCAUGACGGCUGUGAUAGAGUUGCUACGGCGUCUUGAUAGGGGGGGUCGCGUGAUGACUCGCAUGUGGUCGUGGGGUUUUGUCAUGGUCGACAGGGUGGCGAGAGCAAGCCUCAACAGG